AUGGGGAUUCAGACGAUGGGAUCUCAAGGUAAUGGGCAACAGUCUCAUUUACAGCCUUCAUCUUUGUCUAGGCAAGGUUCAUGGUAUAAUCUUACUCUUGAUGAGGUUAAUAGUCAAUUAGGAGACUUAGGGAAGCCAUUAGGGAGCAUGAACCUUGAUGAGCUUCUUCAAAAUGUGUGGACUGCUGAAGCAAGUAAGUCUUCCGUGAUAGGCACGGAUAGUCAGAACAUGUCGUCCUCUUCCUCGCUUCAACGGCAGGCCAGCCUAACGCUCGCUCGUGCGUUGAGUGGGAAGACAGUGGAUGAUGUGUGGAGAGAAAUUCAGCAAGGUCAGAAGAAAAGGUACGGAGAGGAAGUGAAAAUUCAGGAGGUAGAAAUGACUCUUGGUGAGACUACCUUGGAAGAUUUCUUGGUGCAAGCAGGCCUUUUUGCUGAAGCUUCUAUCAGUCCAGCUGUGGGAUUGGAUACAGUGGAGUGCUCCGCUGCUCAAGGUUUCCAGCAGAAAACAGGCCUGUCAUCCUCCCCUUCUAUUGGCAGCUUAUCGGACACCCGACUGGGCCGGAAAAGGGAUGCUCCUGAUGCAUAUGAGAAAACUCUGGAAAGGAGGUUGAGGAGGAAAAUCAAGAAUAGGGAAUCUGCUGCUCGGUCACGAGCUCGAAAACAGGCUUACCAUAAUGAACUGGUUGGUAAGGUUUCCCGUCUAGAAGAAGAAAAUGUAAAGCUAAAGAGAGAGAAGGUACCAGACCACAUUCAUGUUUUCUUUUCACAACUAUGUUCAACAUUCCUUGUGUUUGUUAUAUAG